UCUCCUUGUGCGGCCCAUUGCCUUGACCUCAUGUUGGAGGAUAUUGGUAAGCUUGAAUGGGUGAAAUCAAUAGUUGAAAGGGCCAAAAAUAUCAGCAAGUUUAUCUACAAUCAUGCAUUGGUCCUUAGCAUUAUGAGGCAAUACACGGGGCAAAAGGAGUUGGCUCGUCCUGGUAUCACGAGGUUUGCCUCAAACUUCCUCACAUUGAAAUCCUUGAUAAAAUCAAAGGCGGCUUUGAGGCGUAUGUUUGUUGGUGAGGAGUGGACUUCCUCAUCCUAUGCUACGACCACUGCAGGGAUAGAUGUGGUAAAUUGCAUUUUUGAUGAGCCAGGUUUUUGGACCCCCUGUGGAGAAACCGUGCAGGUCACUGAGCCCCUCGUAGUUCUCCUACGAGUUGUUGAUGGGGAGAAGCCCUCUAUGGGCUAUAUAUAUGAGGGUAUGGAUAGGGCCAAGGAGGCCAUUAGGUCCAUAUAUGCAGGAGAUGAGGAUAAGUAUGGCCCCAUUUGGGAGAUUAUUGAUAGGAGAUGGCAUGCAGCAGCCUAUUACCUCAAUCCGGCAUUUCGAUUCCGUGAUGACUUCAAGGCGAAUGAGGAGGUUCUUAGUGGCCUGUAUACAGUGGUUCAGAAGUUGUGUACUGAUGGCACAGCCUCAAGUACAAUGCUCCAGCUGGAUAAAUAUAAUAAUCGAGAAGGGGCAAUCUUCGCAAACAGCAUGUGCAUAGAGGCUCGAACACAAUUGCAGCCAGGUAGAAAUAUAUGUAAACUUAAGAUUCUUAAGUUUAUGGCUUAUGCAUUUUAAUUUUUGAUUUUAUAAUCUAGCCUUAAAGUUGGAAAUGAGUUUGAUUUUUUUUUCUUUUUCGUUAUUUCAGAUAGAUGGUGGCAAAUGUUUGGGCCCUCAACCCCAAACCUUCAAAAAAUUGCCAUCCGUAUUUUGAGUCAGCCAUGCAGCGCUUCUGGAUGUGAGCGCAAUUGGUCCAUGUUCGAGCACAUCCACUCGAAGAGGCGUAAUAGAUUGUCUAUGGAGAGGUUGAAUGAUCUUGUUUUUGUUCAUUACAACCUCCGUCUUACGACCAGACAGAUUUUGGACACUGACUCCUCUCCGAUCACUUUAGCGGAGAUCGAUCCAGAGUCUGAGUGGAUCACUGA